GCGAAAAUCACAUUUGAAGGGGAUGUUCAUGAAGCAGGCACAGGUGAGAACACGCUACUAAACACAGGAACAAAAUGUCCCUUCAAAGAAGAUCUCUAGCCUGUCUGCUGCUGGCUGUUUCAGCUUGUGAAGCAGAGCACGGUGGGCUGCGGGCAAGCUCAAGCACUGCCACCCUGCAGCCGUGGCUGAUCGGACUGGCAGCUGUGGUGGGCUUCCUGUUCCUUGUCUUCGUCCUGCUCAUCAUCAAGCGAGUGUUCUUCAAAACAGACGAGCCGGAGGGAGCGGGGGAGCGCAGGAAAAGCGGCCAAGACAACCCAGCCCUGGAGGUUGAAGUCUCCGAAGCUAAAGACAGCUCCCAGACCAGUUUUUAAUGCCAGCGACUGCGUCGAAAAUGUUUUUUUUUUGUAUUAAUCGGCUGGGGAGCCCUUACCUCUCUUGUGAUAGUAGUGGUGUUUUCAGGGACAAAGAGAUCAGUUGCAUUCGCUAGCAUCCCCCGAUGUUCAGCACCGGCCGCAGACAAAUUCCCGAGCGGUCGCCCGCCUAUCAGACUUAGGCUACAAAGGCCAGCUGUUAAAAUAUCGAUUAGGAAUGUGGAUUAUUGAAAUUAACACUGGGAUCUCAAACACAUUUCAUUGGUGUUUUACGUUUUUUGUUUGAAGUUAUGCAGCCAAUUAAACAAUUAAAUUAUUUUCUUAGA